UGUUGUCACAUCUGCCGCAGGGUUGAUAGUGCCAACUCUGAAGAAGUGUCUACAAACAUCCAUACUUAUCGUCGGACUUUAGAGUGAAAAAUCGUGGAGAAUAGUAGUGCUUUGUCUAUAUGAAAGUGAAUAUAAUUAAAUUCGGUGUCUAGUAAAUAAAGACAAAUAUGCAGUGCCUGAUAUGUAUACUGACUGUACUAUUCACAAACGUACUAUGUGGAAAUGGAAUGACUACGAUAGGCACCAAGAGUGAGAACCGGACUCUCCUUAGCUCAAAGUCCGGCCGCCAGAGGAGAUCUUCCUGCGACCCUGAUGUAGCGAUAGCCUCGGACACAGAAGUCCAAGUACUGGAAACAGGGAAGGACGACAUCUCGCUUUACACUCGUCGGAGGAACCUGAAGUACAUCGACGUGAAGCUGACGUUCACCUUCGGGCAGGAGACGAGGCGCUUUCCAACCGAGAGGUGCGCCGCAGACCCGUCGUGUUGGCAGGCGGUGAAAGUACGCGCCCUUCGGAACCCCAGCGGAGCGAGGGCGUCCAAAUGGGCCGUCCAACUCAGCCUCGGAUCCUGUUCCUUCUACGAGACCUCUUCGUACCUGUACUGGGUCAACAGCCUCUACAGCGUGAGCAUUCUGGCCCGGGGUUCCUCGGAGUGGUACUUCACCCCCAGGGGCCUGGGAUGCCCGAGCCACGUGAACCCCUCCCACUGCCCUCCUGUUGAGGACUUGGAUCCGAGUGUCCGUGUCGUGGGGGCGGAGGGAGCGGCCUCUACCGGCGUGGGGAUCGCUGCCUCUUGCCUCUUACUGCUAAUCAACAUCCUCAUCGUCAUAGUAUUGUACAGGAGACUCAGGACACGUUCAGAAUCCAGCUUGCGGUUGACGCAGAUCUCCGUAGAAGAUGACAACAACAUUGCAAGUGCAGGAGCUUCAUCGCGAUCGGGGGAGGGUAACCUGUACCUCCCCCCCUGCCCGAGAACCACGGUCGCCCCCUACCCCCUGACCAGCCCACCUAGACGAUACCCAGACCCCCCUAGACGAUACCCGGACCCCCCUUUGAUACCUGCCGGCGACGCUGAAGGUCCAGACUACCUGUACGUCGUGGUACCCAAUACCAGGUCCCAGCGCCAGACGAAUACGUGCCCGAGAUCGAGACAGUUCUUAGAAAGCGGCUCUCGAAGCUUGUACGAUGACGUAAGCAGCGAAUGCGGUCAGGGGCAGUACGGUGACGUGAACGAAGAUCGCCUGCCAGUCCAGCCUCGUGUCUUGUACAGUAACACCUUCCCCGGGCGCCUUACGGGAAAACCCUCUCCGCGUUUUCAACAGACAGACACAAACCAUUACAUCAACCUCACUGGGGAGUGAGAGUCGGAAAGGGUUAACACAUCUUGCCAAAUAUGGUGAAAGUCACAUCACUGUUCUUCGCUUACCGUAUUCAUGGCAAAAAAAAUGAUGAGGUCUUUUCAAAUACGGCUGUGAUGAUGAUGAUGAUUGUGAGUGUAAUAGUAUUGUUGGUAAGUACGGCAAUGAUAACAUUGAUAAUAUGAUAAUUAUCAUGGCAACAAAAUUAUUAUGGUAUCAUCUUUAUGAUCAUUGUUAUUAGUACUAUUAUUAUCAUUAUAUUAUCAUCAUUAUUGAUAUAGUCAUUAGUAUCAUUAUUAUUGUUACUAUCAUUAUCAUUAUUACUAUUGUGAUCGUUAUUAUCAUUUCCACUAUCAUCAUCAUCAUCGCCAUCGUCAUUAUCAACAUCAUUAUUACCAUGAGCGCUGCUGUCCUUAUUAAUUCAUUGUUGAUUAUCCUUAUCAUCCGUUUCAUUAUCAGUUGCAUUUAUUCCCUUGUCCUCAUUCUUACUAUCGGUAUUUUCAUCACCGGUUAUGAUAUCAUUUCAUCAAUAUUGCUAAUUCUGGUUUUAUUUCCAUUGGGUCUAUCAUCACCAAAUAUAUUUUUAUUGUGGCAUCUUUCCCUUUUAAUAAAUAAUACCCAUGCGUUUGGCGUUUGCGUUUUACACUAUAAAAUCUGUCUUAUAAUGAGGCUUUCAUUAAAAUAUCACCGAUUAUUUAUAUUUCAAUCUUUUAUCUCACUAUCUAUCUAUCUACAACUUGAUAAGCAACAUAAUCAUACUACAUAUACAUUCAUUUCCACUGGUGUUAUGUACCAUUUGCUGUAACUUGUCUAUAUACAUGAUGAUAAACCACAUUAGCAUGAAUCAAACCUUCAGUAACUCUGAUUACAUAUAACACUGAUUAUGCAAUCACAGAUUAUGAAUAUGAUUAGCUGUUGCGAUAUAUUCCUGUUGCUCACAUGUUUUGCCUCGCCCUGACCUUGGCUUAUUACACCACAGGGUUCUCGGAAGCCGUAAGUGCUAAUCAAUACUAAUCAUUUUAUUACGGUGUGUAUUGGAUGUGAUGGUUGCGCUGGCCACAACAAUCUUCAUUAUAUGUCGUCAUAUCUACGUGGGUAGAACAUAACUGCAAGGUAAAAGGAGAAAUGGCGGAAUUGCUUGACACGUGAAAUACGACUAUGGUCAUAAGGCAGGCAAAAAAAAAAAAAAAAAAAAAAAAAAAAAAAAAAAAAAAAAAAA